AUGCAUAUUGAUAAAGCUUACCUUGUGACUUCGCUCUAUCUGUGUCUUUUGGCGCUCUGCCCACACCUGCCACGGAUAAAGGCAGCUGGAGCUCGUGUCCAGCCCCAGCUGCAUGGCAGCGAAGAUGGUACCUUGCUGUUCGAAGCGGCUACAGACCAGAACAUAACAUUUCGCCUCAUGGGCGAGGCAGCCACACUGCUCCUAAACGACGUGGACGUCGUAUCUUUGCUGCAGGGACGUCAGCGUGCAGCGGCGGCGCAGUCAGCAGCGACUCGACGGGAACCUUUGUCCCUGGACGCGCUAAAGGAACAGUUUCGCAGCGUGCAACGGGAUCUGCUGCGUUUGGCCAGAUGGUUAAGUAAUAUGCAGAAUGGAACUCGUCGCUACGGACCUACGCAGCGUGUGCUGCGCCGGGACCUGCAGCGUGUUCAGGUUAUUGCGAACACCCUGACGUCUCUCGAAACUAACCUCGCCAAGGAUGAGUGUCUGUCGACUCCUUGUAAGAAUGGCGGCACCUGCUAUGACGCGUAUAACGCCUUCUACUGUGUCUGUGCCGCCGGCUGGCAAGGAUCGACAUGUGAGGACGAUGUAAACGAAUGCUCCGACUUUGCCGGCACCGAUUUGACCGUCUGCAAGAACGAUGCCCAGUGCAUCAAUACGCCGGGCAGCUAUCGCUGCCUUUGUCGCAAUGGCUUCUCUGGCGAGCACUGUCGUCUGCGUCAACACGCAUGUCUGACCAAUCAAUCAGCGGAGCUGUGCGGCAGCCACGGCACCUGCCUACCCGCCAACAAUGCUGGUGGUUACGUCUGCAUCUGUGAUCCGGGCUGGACCUGGGCGGAUACUAAUGUCAGCGUAGCGAACGCCAGCCCUUGUACCCGCGAUGUGGAUGAAUGUGCUCCAGACGUUAAUCCCUGCCACAAAGAAUGCAUUAAUUUACCAGGCAGCUAUCGCUGUGGCGCGUGUCCUCCAGGCUAUACAGGCGACGGUAGGAACUGUCGUGACAUUAACGAAUGCGCUGAUGGCAACAAUGGCGGCUGCAGCCAGCGUCCCUUGGUCAGCUGCAUCAAUACGGAGGGCUCAUUUCGCUGCGGCCGCUGUCCGCCUGGCUGGACAGGAGACGGGCGCAUCUGUAACGAGGCCAAGUCCAACUUGUGCAACGACCAGCUCAUUUGCGAUCCCCGUGCUCAGUGUGAGUAUAUUUCCGGCACGGUCGUAUGCAGUUGCGGAGCAGGCUUUUAUGGGCACGGCUACGGUGCUGAUGGCUGCACCGAGGAUUCUAGCCGUAAACCCUGCGACGAUCAUCGCUGUCUAAACAAUGGCACGUGUGUGCUUAGCGGUCGCGGCACCAGUUGCAUUUGCCAGCCGGGCUAUACCGGUGCGGUGUGCGCAGAGGCUGAUAACUGCCAUCCGAAUCCUUGCCACAACGGCGGCACCUGCCGUCUGCUGCCGGGCAAUCAACACCAGUGCAUGUGUCCCGUUGGCUACACGGGCAGCAGCUGCUCCCAUAUGCGCAGCUACUGCGGCCUCGUGCUGCGCAACGAGACAGGCACCCUGCAAUUCCCACCCGGCGACAACAGUGGCUAUCAACCCAAUGAGCGGUGUGCCUUCAUCAUACGCUCGCAGCGCGGCAUGGUCUUGAACGUAACCUUUGGCAUGUUCGAGCUGCAGCCCAGCGCAGAUUGCAGUGCUGACUUUGUUCAGCUGCACGAUGGUAGUUCCCUGACCGCCAGGCUUAUUGGGCGCUUCUGUGGCAGUGGAUUGCCAUUGGGCAAUGGCAGUGUGGUGUCCACCCAGGAGCAGCUGUUCUUCUGGUUCCGUUCAGACAAUGAGACACAGGCGCGUGGUUUCAAUCUGACUUGGAAAUCGCAGCCACUGGUGUGCGGCGAAGAUCUUACCUUGGCCCUGGGCGAAAGUGGAAUAUUGCGCUCGCCUAGCUAUCCAGGCAAGGCAAGGCCCGGUCUGGACUGCCGCUGGCAUUUGACGGCACCAUAUGGCACUCGGUGGCUGUUGCGCUUCUAUGAAAUUACUUUGGGCAACAGCAUAGGCAACCCUCCGCUCAACUGCAGCAACGGGGAUUCACUGAGCGUACGGGAUGCGGAUCGACAGCUUUAUAUGGCCUGCCAGUCGGCACAGCCGGCGCCCCUACACAGCUCGUCCAAUCUAUUGCACAUACACUUUCACACCGAUCAGUAUCGCACGGACAGCUCGUUCCAGCUGCACUACGAAGUGGUAACUGGCCAUCCGGGCUGUGGUGGCAUCUUCACCGAGCCGAGCGGCCUCAUUAGUGGCCACAUGAAUGCCGAGCUCUGUUUGUAUCUCAUAGAACAGCCAAAUGGCACUCGGAUCGAGCUUAACUUUCAGCGCAUCAACCUAUUGCGCAACGAGGACUGUAGUCUGCAGAAAGUGGAGAUCUUCGACGGACGCAGCGAUGAGCUGCCGCUCCUGGGUCGCUACUGCGGACAACCGGAGGAAAGUGAACUACAGCCGCUGCUCUCCAGCAGUAAUGUGGUCCUGGUGCGCUAUGCGUAUGCCUUGCCGGGCCUCGAGCUGCGCAAAAGCUUUGUGCUGCGCUACAACAGAGCUUGUACCGGCAUUUACAGCGAUGCGGACGGUGGUAUUAUAACCAGCCCCAAUUAUCCGAAUCCCUAUUUCGAGAAUCUGAACUGCACCUACUAUUUACGGGGACCUACAAAUGCAGUUGUACACAUUAAUAUUACCGAUUUGUCUCUAAGCGAAACACAGCCGCCUGCUCUAGAAUCCGAUGAACUAUCCAUUCAAGCGGAGGAUCAGUUAAACUAUCUGGACGUUUAUCUCACACGAAAUGAGAGCGAAAAGCAGCGUUUCGUCAAGAAUCUGACCAAUCUAUUGCUAAUCUCAACAAACAAUCAAGCACGAUUGGUCUUUCACAGUGCAAGCAAUCCGCAACGUGGUCGUGGUUUGCGUGUGGAAUAUACCUUUGUUGAAAAUUCAUAUUGUGGUGGGGUUCUGAGUACGCCAAGUGGUGGAGUUGACUUCUAUCUUUAUCGCCAUUCCUGCCAGUGGAUUAUUGAAGCGCCUGGCCGAAAACAUCUUAGAGGCCAUUGUAUGACUUUGUUCGGUACAUUCAACUUAUAUAUAUAUGAUAACAGCACGGGCGCAGAGGGAAAACAAUUGCACAGUUACCAUAUAAAUGAGGCUCACAAACAAUUCGAAUUCGAUGAGUACACCGAUUCAAAUCUUCUAACAAUAAUUGCUACGAGCUCUCCACAUACUGCCUACGGAGUUACUUUUCAAUAUGAGCCGAUCAAGCAAGAGUGUGGUGCCACAAAUACAGCUCGAUAUGGAAAUAUAAAAUCACCAAAUUGGCCACUUAAAUAUGGCCCGUCGGAGAAUUGCACUUGGUUGAUCAGAGCACCGCUCGGCAGUCGCAUUGAGCUGAUUGUUAAGAAUUUUACAUUGGAAGCCUCAUCAGAUGCCUGCUAUGCUGACUAUUUGGAGAUAAGAAAUGGAGACCAGCCGACAUCACCGCUGAUUGGACGCUAUUGCGGCGACCGCAUACCGCCCCGUCUGCCCUCAUACGGGAAUGUGCUGUACGUGCAUUUUGAAUCGGACUAUGGAGUAGAGGAGGCCGGAUUCCAUCUCAUUUGGGAAGCGGCGGCCACAGGCUGUGGCGGCAAGCUGAGCUCGUCGAUGGGCGCCAUACACUCGCCCCACAACGUGGCAGGCAAUAGUGGUGCAGUGGCCUGCGACUGGCAGAUCAGCGUGGCGCAGGGCUCCACUGUGCGGCUGCAGCUGCAGAGCCGGGACGAUGUGUGCAAUGGACAGUUGACCAUUUACGAUGGGCCCACCACGCGCAGCAAUCAGCUGCGACUAAACUGCAGCAGCGCGGGUCAACAGAUGAACCUGGAGGCCAGCAGCAAUCGGGUGCUGGUGCGCUAUAAUGUCGACAAUGAGACGCCCGAAGACAUUAACUUUGUGCUGGAUUACACGACGAACUGCCAGGUGCGGCUGGAGCAGAUGCGCGGCGCCAUCGAAACGCCCAAUUUUCCGGACAACUAUCCGACCAACACGAACUGCGAGUGGGACAUUCGCGGCGGUGCGAGCAGCAAUCGUAUCCAACUGGUCUUCUCCCACUUGGCGGUAGAGCGGACGGACUCUGACAAUUGCAUUUUCGAUUAUGUGCUACUAGGCGACUAUCGGGACGAACAGCUGAUCAGCGAACGUCGUUUGUGCAGCGCCAAAGAUCUGGACAUUACCAGCGUGGGCAAUCGCCUGCUCAUCCGUUUCAACAGCGACGCCUCGGAGCAGGAGCAGGGAUUUCAUGCGGAAUACAAGCGCCUGGGCUGCGGCGAUGAGUUGCAAGGCCCUGGUGGCACCUUCGAGACGCCCAAUGCACCCUACAGCGUUGGUCUAGACUGCGACUGGUCAAUUACUGUGCCUGAGGGCUAUCAAAUACGUUUGCUCCUGCGUGAGCUGCACAUCGAGACGCCGCAGGGCGACUGCAGCCAGGAUGUGCUGACGGUUAUGCCCGGCGGAAAUUCAUCCCAAGUAUUGCUGCGCAGCUGCCAAGUGGAGUCGAAUGUACAAACGCUCAUCUCGCCAGCCAACGAGUUGCGAGUGCGCUUCCAGAGCAGUCCGCAACGCGCCCGCAAAUAUAUUAAAGCCAGCUAUGUCAUGGUGCCAGCCGUCUGUGGCGGUUAUAUGAGCCUGAGCAGUGGGACAAUCACCUCUCCCGGCUUCUAUGAGCAGGGCCACGACAUCUAUGAUAAGGAUGUGGAGUGCGUAUGGACUCUAGAGGCAACAGACACCCACAGCUUCCUCUUACACUUUGAGCCAUUCAACUUGACCGACUCGUCCAAUUGCAGCGUCGCCUGGCUGGAGCUCUCGAGCACGAAGGCCGGAAACAGCGAGCGGUUCAUUGAGCGAUACUGCGGCGAUAAGCCUCCCAGUGCGGUUAUUGUACAGAACCGAUUGCGCUUGCACUUCAAGGUGUCGUCGGGCUUCUGGGGAAAAUUCGCGCUGCACUAUGAGCGGAUCUGCGGCGGUGGGCGGAUAGCCAGUGAGGGUUAUCUACGCUCGCGAUUGGAUGAGCACUGUUACUGGACAAUCUUUGGGCCGGAGGGCAGCAAGAUCAGUCUCAACAUAAACCAGCUGGAUUGUCCCCGGUGCACAGCUGCCGAUGGCAAUUGUACCGCAGGUCUGCGCAUCUUAAAUAACGAGGACGAGGUCCAGUAUUACAAUCUAUGUCAGGAGCAUCCAGCCAAUUUGUUGUUACCAACCAACAAGGUGCGCAUCCAAUCGAAAGGCAUCGCGCUGGAGGCGCAGUAUACCACCAUUGAGAACUCCUGCGGUGGCAAUAUAACCUCUGUGCGCGGCACACUCAGCUCGCCAAGCUAUCCGGAUAGCUAUCCGGCGAAUGUGGAGUGCGUGUGGCUACUUGAGCCGCGUGCUGGCAAUGCCAUCGAGCUAAACUUUGAGGCAGUGGACAUUGCCAAAUCGGAGCACUGCAAUGCGGACUUUCUGGAGGUGCGAGCCGGCAUCCUGGGCGCCGUGCUGGGCCUGUACUGCGGCAAGGAGUUGCCCGCUGAACCAUUGUUAGUCCGAACCAAGUUGUGGCUCAAGUUUCGCAGUCAGCCUGGCAGCAGCGCCAAUGGCUUCAAGUUGCGCUGGAUCUAUGUGCACGACAACGAGCUGACGGAGGGCACAAAUGGCACCAUCGAAUCGCCCUCCACGGUGGCGGUACGCGGGGAUGAUCAACCAUAUAGCUGGCGCAUCUUUACAGAGCGCGAACGGGUUUUGGCCUUGGACUUCAAGGAGUACAAUACGGGACUCUUGCUGUUUGAUGGCUUCGACGACUCUGCGCUGCCCAUCAGCAUAGGAUCCUCGCCCUGGCAGUUCACCUCGAGCAGCAAUGUGAUCUAUUUGAAAACUGUGAACACGGAUUUCGAUGCCUUCCGAAUAGAGUGGCGUGCCCUACGCAGCGAAGAGCUCAAAUCGAAUGUGACGCUUAAGAGCGAAGAGUGCAAUAAGGUAUACACCUUGGACAAUGCAGUGGUUAAUCUCAAUUCACCUGGCUAUCCGCACGGCUACAAGCCGAACUUAAACUGUGAGUGGACCUUCACGCUGGCAGAUCCAACGAAACACGCCUAUGUCGAUCUGUUUGAAGUUCGGCUGGAGGCCAUGAGUGAGUGCCAAGCUGAUUAUCUCAGCGUGCAAAGCUCGAGCAAUCUGCUGGAUUGGCCGGAGCAGUUGCGCAUCUGCAAUAGCAGCGAGUAUAAUGGGCAUUCCUUAAGACGCGUGGACGGCACUCCGAACCUGAGGCUGCAGUUUGUCACGGAUGCAACAGUCAAUGGCACCGGCUUCAGGUCCAUCGUGCGCACAGAGUGUGGCUCAAAUAUGACCGGCUCCGUGGGCACAAUCCUAAACUCACACACGCAAAAGCGGAUGGACUUUAACGAUAGCACUUGUGAAUGGCACAUCGAGGUGCGGCCCGGUAGGGUCAUCGACAUCACAAUUGAUUACAAUGGAGCUGCGCUCAAUGCCAGCUGCCCGCACUAUGGUAUCAUUCACGAUGGUCUGGAUGCAGCGGCCACGAUAUUAGGGGCUGGCAAGUUCUGUAACCAGUUGGGCUUUGCGUCACGCAGCUAUCGCACUAGCGGACCGCAUGCGUACAUCACAUACCAUUUUCCACACUUAAUAGCCCUACUAAAUCCUGAACAGAAUCGUUGGAAUCUCACGUACCGUGAGUUCAGUGAAUGCGAUGCGGAGGUGCGUCUUACCCAGCAGGCGAGCAGCUAUAAUAUCAGCACGCCCGGCUAUCCCUACUAUCCGCAUGCUCACUCGGACUGCACCUGGGUGGUUAUAGCGCCACCAGGCGAGACCAUUGCAGCCAACUUCGUGGAUGACUUUGACCUGAGCCUGCACAACUGCGACAAGGAAUUUGUGGAGAUGUACGAUGGCUCCACAACGUUGGCUCGUCGACUGCUGCACACCUGCCGGCGUACGGGCACGACAUACAGCUCCGGUAAUCUGCUCCUGGUGCACUAUCAGACGCAGCUGAAUGAGCCGCAUGGCGGUUUCCGGUUGAAUGUAUCGAUCAGCAGCUGCGGCGGCCACUUUACCAGCUAUAGCGGCGCUAUCAAAUCGGAGCACUAUCCAUCUCUGGGCGCCUAUCCCAAGCCCGCCGUCUGCGAGUACACCAUAAAGGUGCCAACGAACAGACACAUUCAACUGAACUUUAGUGAUCUGCAUCUGCCAUUCGAUGGCUUGGCGGAUGAAGAACCGGAAACUGCGUCUAUUGAUCGCAUCGAGCUUCUGGAUCUGACAGAUGAGCGUCGCAUCCUCAUGACUCUUUAUGGCAAUGUGAGCACACCGUAUCCCGUCACACUGAGCACAAAUGCGAUUGCGCUGCGCCUCGUUACGGUGAAGACCGUCCACAACUAUCGGGGAUUCAAGCUGGAGUACAAGGCACAAGAUGGCUCCUGCAAUCGUGUGGUGAAUGCUGCGUCCGGCGGACUCGAAAUCAGAAAACUCCAGACCCAGACAAGGUUGAGGCUUUGUCAAUGGCGUAUUACGGUGCCCAAGGGUCAACGUGUGCGUCUGGAAUUGCUCAAUCUGGCGGAUUUGCGUGCAUCCGAAGAGCCCGAUCGUAUGAGCCGACAUCGCCUCAAUGCAUGGUCCGGAAGGAAGCCCUUCGCCUUUUACAAUGAUCCCAACUUUCUGUCCAAAAUAAUUGAAUUCAAUCUAAACGAAUACGAUGGCAACGGCACCAUUGAGUCCACGGACAACUUUAUGCUGGCUGGCAUUCUGCUUAAGAAUCAAAUGUCUACACUUCGCGCACGCUUUAGCUCCAGUGAAGCCUCGCCAUGUCCGCCGGAUAUAGGCAGUGAGGCGGUGGGCGUGUUGUCUGACCAGGAGCUCAUCAAUCUGCCCAGCUUUUACUGCGAAGUACGCUUUGUGGCUGAUCCUGGCGAAACGAUCAGCUUCAGCGUCCAGGAGUAUCGCAAUGUGGAGCAGCAUCUGAUGGGUGUUCGCCUUAAUGACGAUGUGCUUCAGACUACCAUAAGUGUGAGCUCUGGCAACGCCACCUUUUCGCUGGCCACCACAGCCGGCAAAGUUGUGCUGCUCAAAAGGGUUGGACUCGAUGCAAUGCAUUUCCGGGCCACAUAUCGCCGUUACGCCUGCGGCGGACAGCUGCAACUGGCGGAGGGCAGCUUAAUUGAGCUGCCCCAAUUGAGUGAACACUUUGGCCAACUGGAGUGCGUGUGGACGCUGCGAAAUGCCAACGGCUACGAGCUGCGUGGCAAUGUGAGCUUCAGCAAUAGUUGCGAUCGUGAGCAUCUGAUCAUAUCUCGCAAUAUUGGCGGUGGUGAACUGGCCAGGAUUUGCGGCGGUACGACGCAGCUGAACACCACAUUGCUGGAAUUCUCACAGGCCAAGGUGCUCUACCAUGCCACACAGUAUCGCGCCGGCAACAGUCAGUUCCAGCUGCAGGCCAGUCGACCCAAAUCUCUUGGCGGCUGGAGCAACAUAGUACGGGUUGGGGAGCAGCCAACACCGCCGGUGGCAAUCGAUGCGCACAGCUAUAGAAACAAUAUGGAGCUUAGCUGGGAGUUCCAGGCGAGUUAUAACAUGUCGCUGCGCUUGGUCUUUCAGGGCAGAUUCUUCAUUGAGAUGGCGCCCAACUGUAGCAACGAUCAGCUGGAGGUACUCGGCUACCAGCUGGGCAUAUGGCAGCCCCUUGCCAAAUACUGCGGUCGGGAGCUGCCACAGCCGCUGCACAUUCAGGCCAGCCGCAUGCGCAUUGUGUUCCGCACCAAUGCCAACAUCACGGCCGAUGGCUUCACCUUUGUCGUCUUUCCCAGCUGCGAUGCCAAGUUGGUGGCCAGCACCGAGGUGCAAACGCUGCCCAGCAUUCGCGGCUUACUGGGACGCUGGAGGAGCCAGAGCUGCAACUUUGAGAUAAGCACCGAUACCAAGCACCAGUUGCUGGUCAGCGUCAAGGGCAAAGGCAGAGCGUGGAACGAGGUAGCUUGUCGAUAUGCCUACUUCGAUGCCUAUCGACAGUAUGGACAGCAGGAGCAGCUGAUUGGCAAACGUUGUCCGGACUUUGAGGUGAGCGGCUAUGAACGACUGCGCCUGCACUUUGUAUCCAUGGCAUCGUUGGGCCGCUUCUUCGAACUGCAGUACCAGCUAGUCGGCUGUGGCGGCAACUACACGACACCCUUUACACUGCGUCCGCCACGCGGCAAUACGGAGGGCAGCUAUGCGAACGAUCUCAGCUGUGAGUGGCAUGUUCUGGCGCCGCCGCAGCAUGCGAUAUUCGUGCGCUUCAAGUACUUUGAAAUUGAGAGCACCCCGCUCUGUCGGCACGAUCAUGUUAGCAUCUAUCGGGGCAAUGCGGUAAGUGAGGAGCAGAACGUCGCCCGACUGUGCGGCAAUCUCACGGAGCUCACUUACAUGGUGGACAGCAAUCAGGCGACUAUUUUGGCCAAGUUGGAAGGUUACAUUGAUCCUCAUGGACGCGGCUUUAUGGCCAGUGUGCACUUCACGCCCAACUGCAAUGAGCGCCUGGCCUUGGGUGAGGGCAACACACGCAUGAGCCUGGUGCGUCACUACCAACUCAAUGGCACCAAUGGCGACGAUCUGCACUGCUAUUUCCGGGCCAGUGUGCCGCUGGGUUACCGCCUCUCCGUGUGGCUGAAGCAACUGCAGUUGAAUACUAAUCGUUGCGUUACCUGCAACUCGCUCGAAGUGAUCGAUGGCUUCGGGGAAGGCAGCGCCAGCAUGGGCACCUACUAUGCUGUCGUCGGUAACGGAUCGAAACUCUUCAGUUCGAGAGAGGAUUUGCUGAUUAAGCUGAGCGGAUCUGAGGCCCAACCGAAUGGCAUCAGUUUUGAGCUGAUUCUGGAAAUGGAGACCACGGUCUGUGGCCAGACGGAUGUCGAACGGAACUCCAAUGAGUCGGUACAUAUAUUCCUGGAUAGCAACAACGUAACCAGCGGCUAUGAAGGCAGCAUUCAUUGUGUUUUUCACUUCAAUGCAGAGGACGAGAUGGAAAUUGACAUACAUUCGGUGCAGCUCCAGGAUGUGUCACAGUCGACAGGGAAAUGCAUCGAUUACCUACUUCUAAGCGUGAAAGAUGAAACCAACAAGUAUUAUUGCGGUAAAUUUAAUAAUACCAUUCUGGAAAUGCCGAAAGACGUCAAGUUCGAUUUAACGUUCCACAGCACUGGACAAGAAGCACCGUAUAUGUUUGAUAUAACACUUAAGAAAAAAACAAAUUGUAAUCGUACUUACAACGCGCUGAACCGCAUGAUCCAAUACUAUACUAACAAUGAGAAUGAGCUUGAUGAUUGCAUCAAUUAUAUACGCGUCCCAGAAGAAUACUACUUAACAUUUGAAAUAAUGUUCCUCAACUUCGAGUACUACUCAAGCAGGACAUUCUUUAAUAUGACGGAUCUGCGGACAAACCGGUCUAUCUAUAACGCAACAGAGGGACGAUAUAUUUCCUACGUUACCAAAUAUAGCACUACAAAUGCGGUACGGCUCUGGGGCUUGGGGGUCAGAUAUUUGCAGCUGUUCUAUUACGCCUCGAGCAGCAAAUUACCUGUAGGCUGCGGCGGUGACUUAACCAGCCUAGAAGGUCAGAUCUCCAAUCCUUUCUAUGAAAACCGUAAUUACUCGGAGUGCAGUUGGCGCAUAUCCGUUCCAGCGGGGAAAACUUUGCAAUUCAGUUUCAGAAGCUUUGAUAUGGGCUCUGAGACCAAUUGCCCGCUGGAUAAUAUUAAGAUUUACGAAGUGUUGCCCGACUACAGCGAGAAAUUGCGUCAUACCUUCUGUGGCCGAACCGAGCCGGAGGCAUUCUCGGUGAACUACAAUCGAUUGAGGAUAAUCGCCAAGAAAUCACCAAACUUUGACGGAAUCGGUUUCCAACUGUAUUACAACUAUAUGUACGAAUAAUUCCGUUCACAAAACAUU